GAAAUCAGUGUCUAGUAACUUAAACUUUUUUAGUGAAUUUCUGUAUCCAAGAUCUUAAGUGAGUAGUAUUUGUUAAAAAUUGGUAAUCUCAAGAAAUUGUUAACUGUUGCUGGAUGCCAUAAACAUGAUUGAUGAUCAAACUUUGCUGAUUGGUAAAGGUGGAACAGUAGCCCCUCUACAUGGAAGUUCAAGAGACAUGUAUUUAUCAAGUACAGAUUCUGAUACAAAUUUAUUAAGUUCAGAUGAAAGGACAAGAAAGAAAAGUGUAAUCAAUAUCAACACGGGUGCUUUAUAUACCACUGGCAAACCCGAAGUUAGAGAUGGACUCUUGAAUGUGCGAGCUCUCUUCUUCCUCAUUUUAUGGUACUUUUUCAGUGGAUGUACAUUGUUUCUGAACAAAUACAUCUUAUCUUACACCGAUGCUGACCCAACAAUAUUAGGUACAUUCCAAAUGUUAACUACCACGGUGUGUGGUUUCAUCCAGCUGUAUAUACCUUGCGGCAUGUAUAAGCCGUCACAACGACUCUCCCGACCUCCCGGUUUCUAUAAACACAUGACCUUUGUUGGAUGCACUAGGUUUACAACUGUGAUACUCGGUCUAGUUUCCUUAAACUAUGUAGCUGUAAGUUUCACUGAAACAAUAAAAAGCUCGGCUCCAAUUUUUACUGUCAUCAUUUCAAGAAUAUUGCUGGGUGAGCACACUGGGUUAUACGUCAACUUAUCCUUGAUCCCCGUAAUGGGAGGUCUAGCUCUAUGUUCCAUCAACGAGCUUAGCUUCGACUUCCGAGGCUUUCUGGCUGCCAUGGCCACCAACCUUACGGAAUGCUUGCAGAAUGUAUAUUCAAAAAUGCUAAUUAGUGGAGAAAACUUCAAAUACACGCCAGCGGAGCUGCAGUUCUACACCAGCAUGGCAUCUGUGGUGGUCCAAAUACCCGCCUCUGUGUUGUUGGUAGACCUGUCUGGAGUCAGGAGUACCACGACGCUCACACAACUAGCGCUGUAUGUGCUCAACGGAGUGUUCUUCCACUUCCAGAGCAUUACUGCCUACGUACUCAUGGACUACAUUAGCCCAGUCACGCACAGCGUUGCCAACACGGCCAAGCGAGCUUUCCUGAUCUGGCUGUCGGUGCUCAUGUUUGGUAACGAUGUCACGGUGCUCAGCGGACUCGGGACUUGCACUGUCAUAGUUGGUGUUCUUCUCUACAACAAGGCACAACAGAUUGAUCUGCAAAUGUACAGCAAACUCGUCAAGAAGGAGAACAGUGGACUCCCGAGCACAAUCAAGACAAGAACAAUUUAAGCCUCACAAGCACGCCAGUUUUGAGGUUAUGAGAUGCAUCACUGAAAUCUGUCACAGAUCUCGUCAUAGAUUGUCAAUUGCUAACUGUCAAACUAUUUCCAUCUUUGUAGAACUUUUUAUAGUACCAUAACUCCUUUAGUUUUUAUAAAUGCCUAUUUUUAUAAUUUUGUAUUCUAGACCAUGUAAUACAAAGUGUAACAGUUUUUUUUUUUUACUUUGAUGUUUUAUAUAAGAAGUUUUUCCAAAUUUUAGUAGUUACUAUCACGGUUGAUCCUUUCCUUCCUGUUAAAGACAACUUUAAGGUAAAAAAAAGUUUUUGGUAGAGUCUUUGUUUUUUGGGGAAGUGGUUUUGUGGGUAAAGACAGCCAAUUUUUGAACUAAAAUAGAGCUCAUCAAUAAACAAAUUUACCCAAACAUGACAGCCAAAAAUAGUGACAAGGUCAAAGUUAAUUGCUUGGAACCAUCCAUUUUGUGACAUGCUCCACUGUUAAAUGUUGAAGUUCAACUGUCUUGACAUAUUGUUUUAUAGUUUACACAGGCCCACUUUUAUAAACGGGCAGACUCGGCAUACGCCCAGGGGCGUCGAAGGUUUGUGGGGGCCCCGGGGCGCCCCUCAUCUACUGCCUGCCCGCACUAGGAAAAAAGUGGGGGCACUGCUUUUGGGUUUGCCCAGGGCUUCACUGACCCUUAACGCGCCCUGAGUUUACAUAACCUCCAAAGUUUAUUCUGGCCAUUUAAUAAAUAUAGGUAAACAUACUUCAACCUUAUACUGUAGGGUAACUAUAAUUUUACAAGUCUGAACCUUCCAUUAUCAGGUCUAAUUAACCUGAAAGUGAACAGGAAAACACAUCCAAUUAUGUUACUGGCCCGAAAAUAAACAUUAUUUAACAUUGUUUAAAUGGGCCAGUUAAUUUGUUUGUGUUAAUGAUCAAUACUGGUUUCUAUUCUAAUAUUCAUGGUAGAAACGUAUUUACAUUAUUUGUCUUGAGUUGAAUA